AAAACCACAACUUCCAAGACCAGCACGAUCUGAACAUUUGUACAACUCUCCUGUUCUGCGAGACAUACAUCAUGAAGACUCUACUUUUGGCGACUGUUCUGGCGACCAUCGGCCAGUUGGCAUUGACCGCGUGUCCGAGUUCAAGCGGAGGAUCAGGAGCGCCAUGGCGUGAGGCAGGUGACGCUUGUUACCAAGCCGUCCUCAUCCCAUCGAAGUGGACUCUCGCACGGGACACUUGCGAGAAGCUUCACCCAGGUGCUCAUCUGGCCACCGUGACUAGCGACAUGGAAACCUGGCACAUGUUCAACAGCUUCAGGGAUGAUGUAGACUUGACUGUCUGCAGGAGUUUCUUCCACUGGAUCGGAGUGACUGACAUUGGCCACGACGACGUAUUCAAAUUAAUUGACGGAGGUGACUACGAGAACUGGUCGUCAUUCGUGGAGCCUCUGCACAAGCCCAACCAGGAAGACUGCGGGGCCAUUAGCCCACACACCGGCAGCUGGUACGGCGACCCGUGUGCCAACGAACACUGCUUCGUGUGCGAAGUAGCAGCCAUCUAAGAGACCACACUCAUGUUCCCGAUUUCACUCUUUCUCCGUGAUUUAUCUUUAAUUAUUUGAUCCAAAAAGUUACAGGACCUGAUGCUUGCACACUAGCGCGAUCUUUCUCAAAGGCAAAUUUAUAUGAGAUUAGAAGUAAACACGUUGGGGCACACAAGCAUGAGUGGGUGAAGAAAAACAGAGAUAGGAUCGAAAGGAUUCCAAGCAAACAAAGAAUUCAAAUCCAAAUAAGAAUUCCGUCCUAUAAAACAAUAAUAUCGGCAUAUACGCCUUUACACUUUACGCCGCAACGGGGUAUCAAAGUGCUUUACAAUUAUUAUUAUCCCCGUUUCAAUGGGAAAACACUCCUGAAACCUUCUCAACUCCACAGGGAGCAUACACGGCCGGUUGUCAGGCAUUUUGGCGCUCUUUCCCGUAAUCAACCUCUCACAGUAAACAACACUGCCCUCACAGGUACCCAUCUACUCCUAUGUGGAGAGAAGCAAUGAGUAACAACUGAAAUGUUUUUCUAUGUCAUCCAGGGGUAUUAAAAGGUACCUUUUUUUUU